GCAAGCUGGAGGAAGCGAGGGGAAAAAACUCCAUUAAAAAGCCCAGCUUUCCUCCAUGUUAGAUGUGCACUGGAAAAUGGGGAAGAUUUAGCAAAAUUCCUCCGUGUCUUCAGCUAGGCUGGAAAAGGAGAAAGCAGAGUAAAACCCUGACGCUGCUGAAAUUUCUAGACUGCCAGGAAGCCCCUAGAAUUCUGUGAAAAUGAGGGUUUCUUAACUCAAACUGAUAGGAGAAAGGCACAGGACCCUUUUUAUAAUUCCUCCCAAGUGUGUGUGACCUUUCUUUGCCAGCAUGGUAAGCGACAGGGCAUAUCCCAGCCUCGGACAUGUCUGUAUGAGCCAAGGUACCAAAAGUAAGGCAGAGUGAACUCAAGCCUGGCACUGGCUUCCCGUCGCUUCAUGUGCUUUGGAAGAAGCAAGAGAAGCAGCAGCAGGAGUCCUAGCAGCUGGAGCCGCAAGAAUGAACUGCAGAGAGGAAACUGACAGCAGCUGUGGCUGCGGUGGCAACGAGGACGAGAAGAAGAUGCUGAAGUGUGUGGUGGUUGGGGACGGUGCCGUGGGGAAAACCUGCUUGCUGAUGAGCUACGCCAAUGACGCCUUCCCAGAGGAGUAUGUGCCCACUGUGUUUGACCAUUAUGCAGUUACUGUGACAGUGGGUGGCAAGCAACACUUGCUCGGACUGUAUGACACCGCAGGACAGGAGGACUACAACCAGCUGAGGCCGCUCUCCUACCCCAACACGGAUGUGUUUUUGAUCUGCUUCUCUGUCGUGAAUCCUGCCUCUUACCACAAUGUCCAGGAGGAGUGGGUCCCCGAGCUCAAGGACUGCAUGCCUCACGUGCCUUACGUCCUCAUAGGGACCCAGAUUGAUCUCCGUGAUGACCCCAAAACUUUGGCCCGUCUGCUGUAUAUGAAAGAGAAACCUCUCACGUACGAGCAUGGGGUGAAGCUUGCAAAAGCGAUCGGAGCACAGUGCUACUUGGAAUGCUCCGCCCUGACUCAGAAAGGUCUCAAAGCGGUUUUUGAUGAAGCAAUUCUCACCAUUUUUCACCCCAAGAAAAAGAAGAAACGCUGCUCUGAGGGUCACAGCUGCUGUUUGAUUAUCUGAGGUUGCUUGAGACCCGCCUCCUCCCCAUCUAAGUGUGAGAAUGGCAGCCAAUCUCCACGACCACGCUCCAGCCAAAAAGGAAGGCAUGAACCAAAAGGAAUUCCCUUCCCACAGAGGCUUGCCCCACCACCCUGCGAGCCCUCCCAAGGACAGCACACUAGUCAGCCAACUGCCACGUACGUCCUCCCUGUCAGCUGGAAGCAUCCACACCACGUACUCUACAAGAAUGCUGGGCCCGGAUUUCAGACAGUGCCACUGCUGAAAACGUUGGAAACAAAGUCAAAGGCCAUCUUGCAUUUUAUAUCUCUCCUGCCCAUGAACAUGAAGCUGAUAGGAAAUCAUCACAGAAAAACUAAGACAGGAACUUGGUUCCUGUAUUGGUGGCCUUACUUGAUGUCUUUUACAAAACAUGGGACUACAAUACUAACGUUUUUUUUCUGAUUCUGCUGUUCCACCCAUGUGUCUCACGUUCGUUUGCAUUAUGUCAAAAAUUGACUAAUUUCCAGUUACUCAGGCAUUACAAAUCAAUACCAAAUUAGCCUAAAGACUAGGCGUUUUAUAUCCAUUUCUAUUUUCAGCAUGUUUCUACCAAAGCUAUUAGAACCAACACAUACCUCUGAAUGCCUGAUCACAAGAAGACACAAGAAAACUUUAAGAAAUUGACGAAGCCAUGAUUUUGGAACCUGGUUGAACGCAAACACCAUCUGAAUUGGUGCAGGUCCACGUUUUUUGCCAAAGAUUCACACUCCAUGAAUGCUUAAAUUGAUAGGUAGCUUGAUUUUUUUCCAUAUUAUAUUGCCACGGCAAACUAAAAAUGAACUGU